GCUUGAUUUCGCCGACGAACCCUGGAUGGUUUUAUUCCUUUCAUGUAUAAUACUGCAUGGAUAUGUAUGAUCCCUCAUCUGUUCCUCUACUGUAAUAAUCCUCCUUCCUUUCCCAUCUCGUACGUUGGUUCUUGAUCUGCUGUUAUCCGUCUGUCAAAAUGCGGCUGAGGUGAGGCUGAGCUCUUCUUUCCGGUUCUCCUAUUGGCCCGAGUGCUCCGUCCCAUCUCCCAUUAACUCUUGCAACUACUCGAUACUUUCACACAAGAACAAUAGUUCCACAGAACAGACAGUCUCGCAAGGUUUUCGGAUCUAGAUAGACAGACAGACAGUCGCUGCGCCCCAUUUAUGACUACCAGUCAAUUCAAAUCAAUUGCACUGAUCCUCUCUCGUACUGCGCUAACCGAUCAUCGAUCCCAACCAUCUGGCCUCGCACGAACUCUCCUUUCUCCGCGUCAGCUCAGCAUCCUUUCAUUUGCAGUAUGUACACAGUAUUGCAACAAGGCUGCAUUGGGGGCCAUGGUCAGAUUGGCGCAUAACCCGCUUGUUUUGGAUCUACCUCUAGAGUGCACCAUGACUGUUGUUACAAUCUGUUUGUGGCCGACCAUCAUCGUAUACUUAACCACAAUGAAUCAACUUCGCACUAUGACAUCAGUGCUCACAUUAGCGGAACGCGCCAUCACCUAGAACCGAUAGAAGUUCGCGGCAUUGAUCUCCAAACGGGCAGUAACUACGAGUACCGGUAAUCCCCCAACCAAAGACAUCGUCGUCUUUUCGUUGUCGUCGUCAGAAA